AUGCAGGCUUGGACUUUUAACCGGAGACACGCUCAAUGGCGCAUUUUCCUGAGUGACUUCAAUUUUGAAAUCCACUACCAACCUGGUAAACAAUUGGGAAAACCAGAUGCACUAUCCAGAAGGGCCAAUUACAUUGACAUCCCUAUGGAACCAGAAGUCAUGAUCCCAGCUGAGAUUUUUGCCAAUACGUCAGAAGAGGAACUGGAGAUAGUUACAGAAAUCUGUUCAAAGAUAAAAGAGGACCCCUCUCUUGAGCCAAUCAUCCAAUUCCUAACUGAGGAUGCCAAUAAUGCUCCACCUUCCAUCUGCAAGGCGAAACUAGUAGUACCAGACUCAGAACCCCUAAAGGAACAGCUACUAAGAGAAUUUCAUGACUCACCCCUGGUAGGCCACCCAGGCCAACAACAAACCUUGGAAUUGCUUAGUAGGAACUAUUGGUGGCCAGGGAUGAAAUCCUCUGCCAAGGAAUGGGUUGAGUGCUGUCCCACAUGUGAGGCCAAUCAACACCCCCACGCACCAGUCAUUGCCCUCAAACCCUUAGAAGUUCCUCCCUUCCCAUUCCAUACAAUUUCCUAUGACUUCAUCACAGGGUUCCCCAAAUCACACGGACAUGAUGCAAUCUUGGUAAUCAUAGACUCCUUCUCCAAGUUUGGCCACUUUAUUCCUACCUCAAAAAAGGUCACAGCCAAAGGACUUGUGGACUUGUUUAUUACCCACAUCUGGAAAUGUCCUGGACACAGUCACAUGACCAGCCCCUUUGAGAUCACAGAAAAGAUUUCCAGCCACGUGUACCACCUGAAACUCCUGGAAACCCUGAAAAUCCAUGAUGUAUUUUACAUAGGGCUACUAUCCAAGAGUCACAAAUCUCCAAGUCAACCAUUCCCAGAACAACCUCCUCCUGAGACAAUAGAAGGAGAAGAGGAAUAUGAAGUGGAGCAGAUCAUUGACUCUAAAAAACAAUGCAGAAAGUGGUUUUACAUUAUCAAAUGGAAGGGAUAUGGCCCAGAGGACAACUCUUGGGAACCUGAGGAACUACUGGAACACAGUCACAAGGAAAUCCAAUGCUUCAACAAGUCACAACUGAAAAAGGCUUGUGACUCUGCCAAGAGCCUUUCAGGGGGGGGGGCAAUGUUACACUCCCUUAACAUAUACCAUUAG